UUGAAGAGAUAAAGAAAUCAACUCGGCUUAUUUUCCUCCUCUCGCUUUAAUUAUCCACCCGCACUCCAGUAGCGUUUGGUCGACUUUUCACCACUUGUAUUGUUGGAAAAUGAAAAACAAAAGAAAAAUGAAAAGAAAUAAAGCUCAAAGACUUCUGCAAUGAAUGGCGUCAACUGGCCCCUAGUUUCCGUCAAAAUUGAUGGUUGCUCCAUCUUCUGAACCAAAAUUUUUUCUGUUAAAGGGGAGCUAGGUUUCACUACAUAUCUCAACAAUCCUGGUGGCUUCCUGACUCUCCCUGAUCAUCGCCUGAGUUUCAUUUGGAACCUCGCAAGGAAGAAAAAGAACUAGAAUCACACAAGAGAAUUGCUCGUUUUUAAAAACCCUUUCCUGAUGAUACCAAAAUCAGAGGAAAAGCUGAUUAUCACCAUGCUUUCCUUUAACAUCUCCAAGACCUUUGUGAUUUACUUCUGGCUAAGCUUGCUUAAGCUCAUCCUCACCUGUCGAGGUGCGCCUAUUUUCUUAUAUCAUGACUGUACAAAUACAACUAGUUUCAGUACUAAUGGUACUUUUCAGCGAAGUCUCAAUCUCCUUCUCUCAUCUCUUUCCUCUAAUUCGACCCGUGACAACAGAUUCUACAACCUCACAGUUGGCAGUGACCCUGAAAACAUUGUUUAUGGCCUCUUUGUUUGCCGUGGUGAUGCCACCGACGACCUCUGUCGAGACUGUGUCGAGACGGCUACCAAGGACAUAGUUCAACUUUGCCCCGCGGACAAAGCGGCCAUAAUUAUCUACGAGGAAUGCAUGUUACGUUACUCGAAUCAGAAUUUCUUUGGCAAAUUGGAACUGAAACCUUCUUUGCAACUGGUGAACAGCCUAAAUAUUUCGCAACAAAAGCAAUUCCUUGAAGUGCUAGGAAGGACGACUCGCAACGUAACUGCAAAGAUUGCAAAUGAUCGAUCUGGUAGAAGGUUUGCCACCGUAGAAUCACCCUUCACGAGUAAUCAAACGAUAUACGCACUUGGGCAAUGCACGCAAGACUUAUCUGUGGCAGAUUGUAAUAAAUGUCUUGAAGCAGCAUUUGCUUAUUUUAUUCCGGGUAAUAGCGGGGUCAAGGAAGGAGGCAGAGUUAUAUUUCCAAGCUGUAACUUUAGGUAUGAAUUGUACCCAUUUUACACUGUGGCAGCGUCGCCUACCUCGCCUCCAGGACCGGGCUCCAAAGGGAAAAGGAACCUACCACCAGGGAAGAUAAUCGGCAUUGUUACCGCGACUGUGGCCUUUGUUGUGCUUUUAAUCGCUGCGUUCUGGUCCCUAACCUGGAAAAGAAAAAAGAAUCAACGUGCCAUGGAAGAACAAAGAGCUGCAAAUGAUAUUACAACCGUAGAGUCCUUGCAAUUUGAUUUCGGGACAAUUGCAGCCGCCACAAACAAGUUCUCUCAUGUUAACAAGCUAGGUGAAGGUGGAUUUGGUCAGGUUUACAAGGGCAUCCUUCCUAGUGGACAAGAAAUUGCUGUGAAGAGGCUAUCAGGAAGAUCUGGGCAAGGUGAAAAGGAGUUUAAGAAUGAGGUUGCAGUGGUAGCCAAGCUUCAGCAUAGAAAUCUUGUUAGGCUCUUGGGCUUUUGCUUGGAAGGAGACGAAAAGUUGCUCAUUUAUGAAUUUGUGCCCAACAAGAGCCUUGACUGUUUCCUAUUUGGCACCCAAAAACGAAGAGAAUUGGAUUGGCCAACUCGCUACAAUAUUAUUAAAGGAAUAGCUAGAGGGUUGCUUUAUCUCCAUGAAGAUUCUCAACCCAGAAUCAUACAUCGUGAUCUUAAAGUUAGCAAUGUAUUAUUGGACAGAGAGAUGAAUUCGAAAAUUUCUGAUUUUGGUAUGGCAAGAAUUUUCGGAGUUGAUGAACACCAAGGCAAUACUAGUAGAAUAGUUGGGACAUAUGGCUAUAUGUCUCCAGAAUACGCAAUGCAUGGACAAUUUUCAGUGAAAUCCGAUGUGUAUAGCUUUGGAGUGUCCGUUCUUGAGAUUAUCAGUGGCAAGAAGAACAACAGUUUUCAUCAAGUAGAUGGCUUUGAGGACCUGUUAAGCUAUAGCUGGAAGGUGUGGAGUGACGGAACAGCCUUGGAAUUGUUGGAUUCAACGUUGAGAGAAUCUUAUUUGGAAGAUGAAGUUAUCAGAUGUAUGCAGAUUGGCUUGUUAUGCGUUCAAGAAGAUCCUGCUAAGAGACCCACCAUGACUACAAUCGUGCUUAUGCUUAACAGUCAAAUUCUUACCUUAGAGGCACCUCAGCGGCCAGCGUCUUUCUUUCGCUAUAAAGACGAAAUCAGUAUUCCCCCAAGUCAAUCUCCCUUCCUCUCAAUGCCAUCGUCUAUAAAUGAAACCUCCAUUUCUGAAACAUACCCAAGGUAGCUUUUACCUUCCUUUUUUUUCUAUGCAUGUGAAUUAUGAAGUUAAGCUUAUUGGAGUCUGGAAUGUUACACAGAAAAGUCUGCUUUGUUAGCAACUCUUUUCUCAAUCAAUAGUGGAAAAGGCUUGAUUAUUCAGAAACCAAGAUUUGAGAUUGAAAUCUUAGUAACGAGAAGUUCAUCAACAAUUUUUU